ACAGUGUAAAGUGUAAUAGUUGUUAGAAUUUUCUGUUCCGUUGAUAUCUUAAUGCUGCUGCCUGUUUACUGUUUAGUCUUAACAAAUUAUUGAUUUUGUAGUCCGCCAGUAUACCUAUGAAGCUUAUUUGAUUAACGUCAGCGUCUGACGGAUACCAUAUGAAGAGGAGAUGGGAAUUGGCUUGUCUGUGGAGCAUUCCUGAAUCCCGAUCGUGAUCAGUCGUGCUUCUCACUGCUGCACUUGAAAUCGUUACGGAUAAACCCCUAUAUGCGCGGUGAAGUGGUGUUUCAGUAGGGAACCGUAACCGUGGAAGAAUGAAAUACUUAUUAUAAUAAUUGUGAAUAAUCUACACGAAGACUGCAUUAGUCAAAUUUGGGAGUCUUUCAUUUGGAUACGGGAGCUACGCGAUUUCAGCAACAAAUCAUCGCGAACUUGGAGCUAUGAAUCCAGGUACCAAAGCGCUCCGCGAAGCAGUUGGAAUGUCGAAUUUAAAGAUUCUUGGUGCGGUAUUAGUCCUAUCCGUUAUUAAAACUGGUUUUUGUUCCGGAAAGUGCAAUGCAUUUCUCGAUGCCGCAUCGCAAAUUGGUCAUAUGCAACCGGAUGAGGCCGUAGAGGUUGAGGAAACUUCGACACUAGAACUGUUUUGUUCCUUGUCGGAAGACUAUAUAAAACGAACCAAAAACAACUCUAUUGACGUGAACGCCAAAUCCAUUUUUUGGCAGCACUCACGCGAUAAUAACAACGGCGACUAUAUCCAUGAAGACCUUACGGCCUUGAUGAAUGAUAAACGGUUCCAGAAUGAAAUAAUCAAUGAGACUACAGCAAAAAUGAUUUUGUCCAAUACCACCCUCAAGGACAGUAGCCAUUACAGAUGUUUGGUCAACGAAUCGAUAGAUGAACCGCAGCGGAUGGUGUGCAGUGUUACAGUUACCGUCGGAGGUCCUCCAAAGCGAUAUAAGGACUUCGAAUGCCGAUCGAUGGAUCAUAAAAUCUUACAUGCACAUUCAGGAGAGAUGAUGCAUACUAUGGGCAGUCCGAAUACAACACUGUUCGCUGAACGUAACUGCUCAAACUUUAGCCGACCUGAGAGGGGAAAAUCCUCCUAUUCAUGCUUUAUUGGAGUACGCGAGUCGUGCCCGAAAAACGAAACCUGUCGACCAGCUUUCAUGAAUCAGUAUAAAUACAUCUUUACGAUAAAAGGAACGAAUUCGAUGGGAACGGAUACUUGGACGGAAAUUGUGGAUCCUAGUCAAAGCAUUCUGCUGUCGAAACCCAAGGAAUUAAAUGCUACCUCACUGGAUAGCCAUCGGUGUGCGGUUGAAUGGAAACUGACGCCUGAGUUACAGACUUCGCAUAUCGUAACUGAGCUGGGUGUUGUAAGCGAAAUUCAGUAUCGGAAACUUGGUGGCCAUCAUGACUGGAAGCAUGCGGCAGUUGAACCCCGCGAACAGCGUGUCGAAUUGGACGAUUUGGAUGCCUAUGCGACGUAUGAGAUCCAAGUUCGAUUGCGGAUGAAUAAUAACAUGUUCUGGAGCGAAUAUAGCCAGACGCACUGUACAACGCCAGCUGCUAAACCGGCCGGCAAGCCGGGUGCGGUUCAGGGAGCCUUCGAUCAGACUGUAAAUGGACCUAAGGGUCAGAGAAAGGUCAUUUUGUACUGGCAGGGUAUUCCGGAAAGUAAAAGGAAUGGUGAAAAUUUCCGCUACGAAGUGUCCACGUGGACCGAUGGAACAAAGGAUUACCCAAUUCAUCAGAAGACUUACAGUCACAGAUACGCAAACAUUGAAAUAAGGGAUCUGCCUUCCAAUGAGGCUGUUAAUGUAGAGAUUAUUCCGAAGAACGAUGAAGGGAAUGGUGAAGCUGAGAUUGUGCGCAUACCGGCUGUUCAAGAGAAUUCAUUGGUUGUGAAGGAUAUCCGAGUUGUGAAUUUUACUUCAUACCUGGAACUGUCAUGGAAUGUUUCGGGGAGUUCUAGUCCUGAAACGCGUGCCUUCGAUUUGUUUUACUGUCCAACAUUCCUGGAACCACAUUUUGCUUGGUGUACCGAAAAUAUGCACCACGAAAGCCUCUCUGGCCAUACGUUUGCCUAUAAUUUUACACCACAACAUGGAAAACACUAUCGUUUUGCAUUGGCGGCAAGAGAAAAUGUGUCGGAUCGUGUAAUGUACAGCGGCAUGAACUGGGCAUUACGGACAUGCAAUCCACUUGAGAAACAUGGACGUUUGGAUGGUCUGAACGUGACUGCUUUGCCCAACGCCACGGUUUUGGUGCAAUGGACCGAACCGUGCGAACAGAGAUUUAUGCCAAUACCUCCGGAGUAUCAAGUCAGUUAUUCCCCAUGUGACAGUCGAAUUUGUGUUGCCGACCAGAUUCAAAAGACCAACUCGACUUCCGUUAUUUUGAGCGGACUGAAAGAAAGUUCUCGCUAUUGCUUUUUUGUGGACGUUAAUAACUCCAGUACUGGUAUUGACUUCGAUCCAGCCCAGCAGUGCGUAAGGACAACCGCUAUUGAUCACGAAUUUCCUGUUGCAACUGGUGUUGGUAUCGCUCUCGGUACGGCUGUUUUGCUGACGAUCCUGGCAGUUGCACUAUGGCGAGGAAUCAGACGCAUGCAGAAAGAUUUCAAGGAAAUUCAACGAGAAAGUCGAAAAAUAAUCAUACCGGCUUCGAAAAUUGGCAAGGAUGAGGAUGAAUUCGAUGAACAGGGUAUCGCUUAUUACAGCAAGAUUGAUUAUGGAGAAAAGAAAAAGUCCUAUUCACGUCAGCUUAGUGACAAUAGUGGGAGCAGCUCCGGUCAUGGAAGUUUAUCUUCAGAGUUCACGGUCAAGUCUUCCGGCACGACCACCGCGGAUGAUGCCCAUUUGAUCGUGGUUGACAAACGUGAGCCUAGUCAGUUGGCCGGCGUUCACCGGCCUGCCAGUACCAUGCCGAAAAAGCAUCGUCAUCGUUUAUCGCAUGUUGAUCUGAGCAGUGCACGUACGGCCCUGCAACGUGAUAACGAUGCCGCUGAGACUGUCAGCCUUGGCCGCUCCAGUUACGGCUAUGCAAACAGACCGUUCAAGUUGGAGUCGUUGUCGCAUUUAAAACUAAAUCUCAAAAAACCACCACGUCGACCUUCCUCGUUGGUGCGCGUGAUAUCCGAGACGGAGUCAACACAUGCGCCGGUGGAUUCCGGUCUGUCGGGAGCGAGCGAAGAUCCCGCUACCUUUGGUUAUGUCCCUCCGUCCAGCCUGCAGGCUAACGCGUCCAGUGGAUCCAGUACGGGCAAUAACACGGGCGGUACGGGGUAUGUCUCGCAUCCGUCAACCCUACAUGACACCAGUGGUAUGACCGCUGAAGUCUCGGGGGAUAUUGAGAUGAGCUCCCCCGUACACGGGCGCAGUGCGGGCAAAUUGUUCGUGGAUGCGACACAGCCGCCCGAUGGGAAUGAGGACGUGCGGUCCAAAUUCUUGGAUAAUGAAUUCGAUAAUCGGUCUCCGGUUAGCAGUGGCCAAUCGUCCCCGAUUAUCCCUACAACGCGGUUACUUAGUCCUCCGCAUUUUGUAAAAGAGACAGUAAGCAAUGGAUAUGUCCCAUGGCCGUAAAGGAUUGGAAACGAAAUGGAAUAAUCCGGCGUUUUGUGCUUUUAUUUUGAUCUGUUGUUCCCUUUCUCGUUUGUAAGCCGACAAAACUGCAUCGAUGGAUAAAGUUUUCGUUUGGGGAACGGAGACAGUAUUAUGGCCAUAUGGCAUGUGAUUUCCGUUGCGUUGGCUGUCGCGGGGACAGUGAGUUGGCAAGAUCCAGGUUUUGCGAUGAAUAGCCACAGGAAGAUGGAUUAAGCUGCAUGUUUUGUGUAUUUCUGUGUUCUGGUGUCUCGGUCUGCCUCGGUAUUUCAUUGUUUUCGUUUGAUUUAUUUGGGUUGUCGGGGUGUUAUUUCUGGUCACUGGGGACCGAGAAUUGACCGAAUCUGAACUGAAAGCCGGGAUUUUGUUUGGUGAUUUUGCACGCCCGCAAAUAACUGCUGUUGGACAUUCGUCUGUAUUUAUGUUAUUUAUGUAUAGGAUGAUGGCUUCUUGUCGUUUUGCGUCCCUUUGAGAUAAAAGAUAGAUACUAUUGUGUUUAUCGGAAUUUAUUUGGUUCUUAACGCUCAGAAUGUAAUAUAUUUUCAUGUUUUCUUGCUCGCUUACGGAUACGAUUAUUCUGUAAGCUUUUUUAGGAGUUGUUUUUUCGUGCUUUCUUGAGCGCGCACACCUCUUGGCAUUAAAGAGUUAUGGAAUG